AUGAGUCCGUUUGUACAAAUUGAUGAUUUAAACAUGGUGCACACAUUUUCGUUGGACUAUAUGCAUCUCCGUUGCUUAGGGGUCAUGAAAAAGAUGCUUCUGUUUUGGUUUAAGGAUACUGGAAUAGUCCAACAUAAUGUGGAGGAAACAAGUGAAAGUGAAGGAUUUCAGAAUGAUGAGGACAGCUCAGACGAAGAAGAACCUUUGAAAAAUUACAGUGCACCUAAACACCUUAAUGCGGAAAUUUGGGAAACGUCCUAUGAACACCCUGCUAAACGAUUGGAGCUUAAUAAUUCCUGGACUAUUACAACAUCGCAAUUGUCUAUUGAGCAAAUUUCAAAUGACUCCUGUAGCCCUCAGCGCAUGAACCCUCCGUCAUCAUCACCUGCUUCUUUAUUUUUGAACAAAAGAGGUCCUCAAAUAUUUACCGGUAGUCCAAGUGAAAAUAAAGCGCAACUUCUUUUGAAAAAGAUCAACGGCCUUCAAUACGAUAUUAACAGCAUGAAACGUGAAAAUAUUAGUUCACGCCUAGAAACAAUAGAAAACAAAUUGGUUGCCCCUACCACUCGUGAUCCCAAUCAUACUUUUAUUUUAAUGAAAGAUAAUGAAAUCUUUAAAAACAUGCCGUUCGGCACAGAUGAAGAACUUUUAAAUUAA